AUGAUGAACACCCUCUCCGAGUGUGAAGUGAAACCCAUGUUCCUGGACGUCGUCCUCAAGUUCGGAGACCAGGAGGCGAUCUUUGAAGAAUCCUCGGGUUUUAGAGAGACAUACCAACAGGCAAACGGAUCAUUUGAUCUCUGCUACCAACUGAUAUCCCACUUCAAGCCGGAGGAACUACAGUCUCUUCGCAACCUUGAAGACAAAGUUGUGUUCCGUGCACUCAGCGGGCUUCGAAGCUCCAUAGUCCUGAUCCAAGCAGCACUUGGCCUGCUUGCAAAUCUCCUCGAUAUGCAGAGCAAAGAGUCGUCGGACCAGAUCAACAAACACAUGCUCCAAUUAACCCGCGAAAGUGUCGACGAUAAUGCCACUGUCAAAGUCAUAACUGUCUGCACGCUCAUCUAUCUUCCAGCAUCGUUCACGGCGACACUGCUUGGAAUGAACCUUUUCGAGUUCGAGUCUAAUGACGUGUUUACAAUCCAGCUGCAGUAA